CAUGGCUCGCGCCAGCCUUUCUCGAGUCUCGACCUUCCACAACCGACUGCUUCUCAAUAAUUGUCAAUCGCGCAUCAUCAUUACCGAAAUCACAGCGUGCACUCUGUCUCGCUACUAGUAGCCUCACUGUCCGCUUAAAUCGCCCAUUAUGGACCCCGGUCUCGAUCGCAGCCUAGACGAGAUUCUCGCCGAGCGCAAGCAGAAUGGCGGUGGCGGUGGCAGCGGCGGUAGAGGCCCUCGCGGCGGCCGAGGCAAUGGCAGCAACGCCGGAGGCGGAGGCGGCGCCGGCGGAGGCCGUCGGCGUGAGAGACAAGAUUAUCCCCGCGAUGGUGUCAGAAAGUCGUACAGAGACGAUGCCCCGCGAAACCUAGACACCGAGUGGGUUCACGACAGAUUUGAGGACAAUGCAGGAAAUCGCCGGUCCCAAAGACGGCGACACUCGCCAGAUCCGUCCAGCGAUCCGAGAGGGUCCAAGAUCAGAGUCGAUAACAUCCACUACGAAUUGACCCAAGAGGAUCUCGAGGGGCUAUUCUCAAGAAUCGGACCCAUCGUCAAGCUCGACAUUAAGUAUGACCGAGCCGGGCGCUCCGAGGGCACCGCAUUUGUCACAUACGAAUCUAACUCGGACGCUACGAAAGCAAUUCGCGAGUACGAUGGAGCCAACGCCGCAGGGCAACCCAUCCGUCUCACGCUGAUGCCCACUGGCCCGAGACGCAACCCCUUCGACUCGGCCGUGCUGCCGGGACGCUCGCUCGCCGAGCGCAUCACGGUGCUCGCGGGCCGGUCGCGCUCGCUCUCCCCGCGCCGCGAGUCAGACGAGGAGGCCGCACGCAAGGGGACCGACAGGUACCGCCCGGCAGCCAAAGCCAGCCGGUCGCGCAGCCCGCUGCCCGCUAGGCGAGGACCGCGAGAUGGCGGCGGCCGCAGGCCCGGCACGCGCCGCGAGGGCGGAGGCGACCGCGGAGGCGAGAGAGGCAGGCGAGGCGGUGGUGGAGGCGAGAGAGGCGGGGACCGCACCCGCGAAGGUCGCGACGGCCGACCCAGGAAAACCCAGGAGGAACUGGACGCUGAGAUGGAGGACUACUUUGGCGGCGGCGGCGGCGCGGCGCAACAGGCUGACGCUGGCCCUGCUACUGGCAGUAAUGGCAACGCGGCUGGUGCCCGGGCACCGGUUGAGGAUGAUGUUGACAUGAUUGAGUGAGCCGGUCGGUUUUCUGUUGUGGGGAUUGGUCUUGACCGGAGAAUGAAACAAAAAAAGAUGAGGGCUAUCUUCGUGAUAUCAGCAGAAUGGGCGAUGAGGAAGAUAUGAGAUUGUACCUUGCUUUUGAGAGGAAUUGUCCCGCUCUCGUAUCUGCCUUAGACAUGCUAGCUAGCUUAGUUAUGUGCUCUCGUUAAAGUGGCCUUGUCUGGCUUUCUCUUUC